UCUAAAAGAGCAAGUGGUUGGGGCAACUCGAAUGGAAAGUAGGAAAGCCAACUUGGCAAAUCCACCCAUGCCCGUUUUGGACUGCUACCAAUUAUUUGGUAGGAGCGGGGGUGAAAUAGAACAAUCGAGAAACGAGCCAAAGAGGAACGAGUCUGCUGACAAAAGAGAGAAUAUUCAAGCUGAGGGAAUGAAAGGGAGACCAAUUCAAGUUGAAACCCCGAUGGAAGGUACUAGCAGUGAUGCUACCAGGUCCAUUAAUGGUAACUCUGCACCAGAAACCUGUAAGCAACCUGGCAAGUUUGGGGAUGAUGGGCAAAUCCACCAUCAGUGCUCUCAGCAACAGGCGAGCCAAGGUCAGGAGGUCACUACCGAUGACAUACCGGGGAGAAAUAAUAACGCCUUCCGAUUCCCACUCGACGGCUGGAGGGCGCCAGCUCUACACUCGCAGAUUCAGCGGGGCCACAUCUAGUAGAGAGGCAGCGCAUGCUGCCCACAAGGAGGACCUGUCAAGUUCUGUCGAAGGCAGUGACAGUCACGCUUGUGGCAUUCAAACCGAGGAGGAGCACAGGAAUUAUCUGGGUAUCCACACCAGUAGAAGUUCACCGAACUGCUCCAAAUCGAGGAAGCAUCUUCGCAC